GAGACGUCUCGCUGGGCGGAGGAGGAAGCAGGAAGCGGGUCUCUGAGAGGAAAACAACCAGCCCAGGAGUCUGAGGAGCGGGAGCCGCGCUCGAGUCGAAGCCCACCCUCGUACCCCGGGCCUGCGCCGCCGCCAUGUCCAACAUGGAGAAACAUCUCUUCAACUUAAAGUUUGCUGCCAAAGAGCUUAACAGAAAUUCCAAAAAGUGUGAUAAAGAAGAAAAGAUUGAAAAAACCAAAAUUAAGAAGGCAAUUCAGAAAGGUAAUACGGAAGUUGCAAGAAUACAUGCAGAAAACGCAAUCCGGCAAAAGAACCAAGCGAUCAACUUCUUGCGCAUGAGCGCUCGGGUGGAUGCUGUGGCAGCGAGAGUUCAAACAGCAGUGACAAUGGGCAAGGUCACAAAGUCGAUGGCUGGAGUAGUCAAAUCUAUGGAUGCUACAUUGAAAAGUAUGAACUUAGAAAAGAUAUCUGCCUUGAUGGACAAAUUUGAACAGCAGUUUGAAACUUUAGAUGUUCAGACGGCGCAAAUGGAAGACACGAUGAGUAAUACCACUACGCUAACAACACCGCAAAACCAAGUGGAUCUGCUUCUGAAUGAAAUGGCUGAUGAAGCUGGCCUUGACCUGAAUAUGGAGCUACCUCAGGGACAGACAGGCUCUGUUGGUACAAGUGUUGCUUCAACAGAACAGGAUGAGCUCUCUCAAAGACUGGCACGCCUUCGUGAUCAAGUGUAACAGGAAGAGUCAGACCUGCGGUCUUCAGCAUAUGCUUCCAAAGCAAUCUAUGUACAUAAACUAUAGCCUGCCUACGAUCUCUGUCUAUAACCUGUCUAGAUAUUUAAACAGCACACUAAUGAGCACUUGUCUGGGUUUUUUCCUUUUUCUUGCUGCGCUUUCUAAAAUAUGUUAACUCAGCGGUGGUGUGACCUUCUGUGUAUUUUCUAGUUCUGUAUAGUACCUUUGGAAGUUGAGGGUUAUAUUUUUUGCAGAUGUCUUUUCAAAGACCCAGAUUAAAAUUUUAUGAAGUGUCACAUCGGAUCGUCAUACUGAAAGAAGAGCAGCACCCUUAACGUAUAUAAUUUUAAGUUAUAUAGCAGGGUUUUAAAUUAUGGCAGAAAUCUACAGUUGAAUUACUGAGGUGGUGCGUGCUAUUCACAUGAUCAUCACCCCUGAUUCUCUCAAUACUUGAGAGAAGUGAUCAGUUGGAUAGAAUGGUAUUUUGUGUAUGUGUUUUUGUGAGUUGUUCAAACUUCACUGGAUAAUCUUUCCAUGGUAUCCUAGAACAAGCAUACUUGUAGCAAGACAUAAAUCAAAAUGAUAGUUGUCAAUGUGCUCCUCAUACCUUGAAGCUUAUAUUGGCAUCAUCACUUCAGUACGGAAGGAAUAAAAUAUAUUUUUCAACACUUUUGCCUACAUUCCCUUAAAAUAUUGCAUGGAUACUGCAGUGUCCAUGUAGUUAAGAGCAAUGAGUAGAUUCUGCAUUCCACCAAUAUAAAGCAGUAAUUGGGGUGUGUGUGUUAUUCUAACAUUCAUAAAAUCGAAAAUGUUUCAACAAUCUUGCCGAAAUUUACAUGUGCCAGAAAGAAAUGUUGAUUUUACAUACCCUGAGAAUUUCAAGAAGAUUGGUGAAAGAUUGAGGGAAGGAGGGCAGUUUAAAGUACAAAAGAAUAUAUAUAUUGAACCCACCCAGAGAUUUCAGAAAUGCUUCUUAACCAAUUAAAAUAUCAUCUUUGGAAUGUCA